CUUUUUUCGUUUUUAACCCAGAUAUUGCUUUCAUCUUUUUAAAAGACUAUUUCUAAUUACCGAGAUGAUUACAAUCUCGUAGAUUCUUCGAAUUAUGUGGAGGAAAGUGUAGAAGGGAAUAGAAGCGUGCUUACGAAAAUGGCUAGUAAAUUGAAUGAUGUUCCGGGUCAGAAUUCCGCGGAAGAAAAAACGGAAAAUCGAUUGCCAUUAACGAUUGAAGAUAGUGGAAUCAUGAAUAUAAGAAGAAAGACCUCUGCUAUGAUAUUUUAUAUCACUGUUAAGAAUAAAGCCCGACAUCCUGUUAAAGUAACAGUAGAAAGUGAAGGAUGCUGCCUAAAAUUAGAAGAUGAAGUCGAUUGUGAAUCUAUGGAAUUAAUUGGUGGAGAGAUUAAAGAAUUAUACCCCAUGAAUAUCGAAAACUUAACUCUUAUAUACCCCAAUUUAUAUUUUCAUGAUCGGAAUGGUAAAUGUAGAAUUUUAGUUUCUGCUGAAGAUGUUAAAAUUCAUACAAUUAUAGAAUUUAACACAAUGCUAAGGAAAAAUAUACCUAUACCUUGUUUUUUAGAAGAUUAUCUUACGGAUAAAGAAAUAAAACAAUGUUCGAGUAUUGAUGAAGAUGCACUUGAUGAUUGCAAACCAGUUUCGUGUUUUAUAAAAUAUAAUGGAAAACGAAACUUCUUUAAUCAUACAUCUCGUCGUUGCGAAAAAGUAUUCGAAUGUAAUUUAGAAAAUAACGAUAAAGAUUUGCCAACAGUUGUAUACGUCCCAGUGAGUAAUAGAUGUAGAAAAUUAGGCACGCCAUUAUCGAAGGAAGAUUUGAAUCAGUUUAAAACCGGACAUAGUAGUGAACCUUUAUAUGGAGUUCACGGUUAUCCAUUAAAUGUUCAAUGCCAUAAUGGUGAUCCGACUUAUACAGAUGGAUGGUGUAAAUGUCAUUCUGGAUGGUCCAGUGCUCCUUUUGACUAUGCAACUUUCAAUCCGGAUAUUAUGGUUUAUCAUAUGUGCACAAUAUGGACAGGUACGGGACAUAUGUUCUCGGAAAUCUAUAGAUAUAGUGCCAAUACUAUUAUCAUAAUUUUGUUAUCUACAGUUUUGAUAAUCAUUUUUAUAAUAUACGUAAUAAUAUUUUCCAAGAAAAUUAAAAGGAAAAUUAAAACAAUAAAAAAUCGAAUGAGUAAUACAAAUACAGAGAUAAAUUAUAAACGUUUACAGGAAAAAUUAUAAAUUUAAAAAAAUCAACGUCUAUAUUUACAAACAUAUACAUAUAUUUUUCUUUUAUAAUAAGUGUAUUUGAUGUUUUAAAGAAUUAAAAUAAAGAUAAAAUGGAAGAAACAACAAUUUUUUCAUUAAUUUUAAAAGAACAAAGCUGUAAUUUUCACGAAUAGCGUGAUUCUAACGAUUGAAAUUGCACGCGUGAGUCUAUACAAUAAUAGAAACGUGAAUGCAUUUUUUUAUUUUCCUUUGGCAUUAUAAUUUUCCGGAUAUUCAUUCACGGUUGCGUUUCGGAAAUUCACUUGAAAAACCGUACAACGUCACCAAUUGCAAUUCUUGAGUUUUCCGCAUUAGAAUUUACAUAAUAAUAAUAAUAAAAGUUGUGUUUCUAUUAUCUAGUAAAGUUAAUUUAAUUCUGAAAAAAUAGUUUAAUUUAAAAUUAAUUUCCUUCAUAAACAAUGAAAUGGAUAUGGAUGCCAUCGAUAUCUCGUGUGUAAAGGCAAUAAUUUUCAAAUUCUAUUGUCUCUC